CAACACAUUCCCCAAAAACCACAAUCACACACACAUCAGCCAAAAUGGGUCGUCAAUUCUUCGUCGGAGGUAACUUCAAGAUGAACGGUUCGGUCGACACGAUCAAGAGCAUCGUGAACAACCUGAACCAGGCCAAGGUCGACCCCAACGUCGAGGUCGUCAUUGCCCCUCCUGCCCUCUACCUGCUCCUCACCCGUGAGCACCUCCGCUCCGGUCUCGAGGUCGCUGCCCAGAACGUCUUCGACAAGCCCAACGGUGCCUUCACCGGUGAGAUCUCUGCCUCUCAGCUCAAGGAGUCCAACAUCACCUGGACCCUGACCGGUCACUCUGAGCGCCGUGUCAUCCUCAAGGAGUCCGACGACUUCAUUGCCUCCAAGACCAAGACCGCCCUUAACCACGGCCUCGGCGUUAUUCUGUGCAUUGGCGAGACUCUUGAGCAGAGAGAGGCCAACCAGACCAUCGACGUUGUCACCAACCAGCUCCGCGCCGUCGCCAAGCAGAUCCAGGACUGGAGCAAGAUCGUCAUUGCCUACGAGCCCGUCUGGGCCAUUGGCACCGGCAAGGUCGCCACCACUGAGCAGGCUCAGGAGGUGCACGCCGCCAUCCGCGAGUACCUCACCAAGGAGGUCAGCCAGACUGCCUCGGACAACACCAGAAUCAUCUACGGUGGCAGUGUCAGCGAGAAGAACUGCAACGAGCUCGCCAAGGAGAAGGACAUUGACGGUUUCCUCGUUGGCGGUGCCAGCUUGAAGCCCGCCUUUGUUGACAUUAUCAACGCCCAGUCCUCGUAAAUUUUGUACAUAAACGGGACUGGUAGGGUGCCACGCGGUAAACGCAUGGCUGCCUUAUGAGAGAUGAUCCAUAAUCAAAACAUUUACGAACCAAGCAUU